AGCAGGGCGGCAGGCGUGCGGGCCGCCCCGGUGCCGGUGUCUGUCCCGAGGCGAGGUUGCUCAGAGGCGCCUGCAGCGCGCGGAGCGUUUUUCAGAGGUGACGACAGGAUAAUUUGAUAGCCAGAGAAAGCCACAGCCAGCUCUGAAAAAAGCCAAAAGCGCCCCACCGAAGAACACCCCACCCUAAAAAAAGCGCUGUAUGUGGACUAGAGGUAUUUGAUCCCCCUAGCCUUGGACGGAUGGAAAAAGCCUGAUUGUGAAUUAACUAAUGUGGAAAGUUUCACCACAGCUCCGGUUUGGAAUCGGACGCCAGUGGCCGUGCUGCUACAGAAGAAGCUGUCCUUCCCUCCCCAAGAGCCGUUUGCCCCUGCAGGGAAAGAAGAUGACUUCUGCCAGAAAUCUGUCAAGUCCAAACACUGAGCAAAACCAAUCUCCUCAUAUGCCUUUCUGCGCCAAUCCUGGCAACCCAGUGUUUUCCUGUAUGCUGGACACCAAAAUGCUCCUGACCAAUGGUUCUUUGGCAAAGCCUCAGCAUUUACUGUUUAAAACAACUUCAAGCGAAUAUGGUGCUAUACCACCUGUCUCACAGAUGGUACCCUGUACUUACCAUCCAGUGGAUCAAACCUUUUCAAAACACUUACUUGCCUGUGGGCCAUUUGGAGGUGGUUAUUUAAACACUGCCAUUGACAGAAGUAGGGUCUAUGAUUACCCCAAUUUCCAGCAUACUCUGUAAAAAUGAAUAGCUGUCUUUUUGUCAUAGACUUAAACUAGACACUUGGGCUUAAAGAAAACAAAUCUUAUUUCAGUCAUUCUGAGAGUAACUGUCAAUAUCUGACUUACUUUGGUUUUGCUGUGUUGAAUAAGAUGUAUCAAAAAGGAUGUAGCCCGUUUGAUGAUACACUUCUCUCUGUCAGACCUAAACCUGUAAAAAUA